AUGGUGACUUCAAAGUUGGCUGUACUUGCGGGGGGUCUUAUUCCCAUUGGAAACUUGGUGCAAAGCCCGUCUUUCAGUUUGGCUCUAUUGGCACAAACAACAGUGGGUGAGUGGUUAAAGCUGGUUGUUGUGGAUGCUGUCUUGGUGUUGUCGGGGGCUGUCAUUAUUGCAUACAUUGGUAUCCAGGAUCUUCACCGACGAAUGGCCCUUGACUGUAUCAUGCCAGCCUUUUUCUUAUUUGUAAAUCGUUGGCACGGGAUCCCGCAUUUUAUCAUCAUUGGUUUUUGGCCUAAUAUCAUGCUCGCUACGACUUCUCGUUAA